CACCGCGCGCGCGCACGGAGAGAGCGCAGAGUUUCUCCAAACAGAAAGUGAUAGAGUCGGUGAACGGGAGCCACAGCUGCACUCGGUUUUAUCUCGUAUCGGAGUUGUGAGCAAUGCGCUGGCAGCAUGGCCAGAUGGUUCAAGGAGCACCUGGGUUUCAAAACCACCAAAGCCCCGCCACCGGCGCCUCCGAAACCGGACUACCGACACUUCCACACCGCCGUCUCCAGCCUCCAGACACCGCCGGGCACCGGGUUACUGUCCGCGCAGCCAGACAUCCUCACCGCCUACAAACUCCAGAAGGAGCUGGACUUCGAGGAUCCGUACACGUCGGGCGGAACCGUGCCCUUCUCCACCGGACCGAGCUCCGCAGGCGCGCCGGAGGUCAAGUACGUGUCUCCGAAGCACCGGCUGAUCAAGGUGGAGACGGCGGAGCGCAGCGGAGGGACCGCGGUCAAAUCCCCCUGCUCCCCGCCCGCUGAUCCCGAGAACGGCACGCAGGAGAAGCUCAUCAUCCUAGAGGACUAUGCCGACCCCUUUGACGCAGCGGACCAGGCAGGUGGCACCCAGACAGUCACAGAAAAGCCAACGGAGAAUGACGGCUACAUGGAGCCAUACGAAGCUCAGAAGAUGAUGGCUGAAAUCCGAGGCGGUCGCGCUCCUAAAGACGGUCCGGUCCGGCAGCUGCCUCUCUAUGACACCCCGUACGAGCCGGAGGAGAACGGAGGCGAUCCAGACGCAGGCGUGUGUUCCCGUGAGAGCAGAUUACCGCAGGACGACGAGAGGCCGCCGGAGGAGUACGACCAGCCCUGGGAGUGGAAGAAAGACCGCAUAUCCAAAGCCUUCGCAGUAGAGAUUAAAGUCAUUAAGGAUCUGCCGUGGCCUCCUCCGGUCGGGCAGCUCACCUCCAGUCCUCCUCUGAUGGAGGCGCCGUCUUCUCCGGGAGCGUCAGCCUGUGACCAGCUCCAGCACGUGCAGUUUGACGGCGUGGAGAAGGAUCUGAAGUGCCGUCCGCUGCAGCGGCACUCGAGCGGGAAGAUGAGCUCCGCCGAGCCGAGCGUGGGCGAGCGCAUCGACCCGGCCGUGCCUCUGGAGAGCCAGUUCUGGUAUCACGGAGCCAUCAGCCGGACGGACGCCGAGGCUCUGCUGCGCUUGUGUAAAGAGGCCAGUUACCUGGUGAGGAACAGCGAGACCUGUAAGAACGACUUCUCGCUCUCGCUCAAGAGCAGUCAAGGUUUCAUGCACAUGAAGCUCUCCCGGACCAAAGACAACAAGUACGUACUGGGUCAGAACAGCUGCCUGUUCGACAGCGUUCCCGAGAUAAUCCACUUCUACUCCAGCCGCAAACUACCAAUCAAAGGGGCCGAGCACAUGUCCCUGCUGUACCCCGUGGCCAUCCGGACACUAUAGAGGCAGAAAUGCUGCAGAAGCAGGACGUUCAUUCAGCGUUUACAAAACAACGACAAACUAAAGUGCUACUGAGAUCCCGAAGGCAAAAAGGGAGACUCCUGGACGCCUCCUUCGUCUCGUCUCGAGGAAAGCAGUUUCUCUGCAGCGUUACGUCCUUCAAAUGCCUUCUACAUGAUUCCAGACCCGUUUUCUUCCCAUAAGUGGAUCUUUUUAGUCUUAGACCUGCACCCACACUUUAUCUCCACUGUUACACACUGUACAGAAACCCCGAAACGUCGCUCAGACUUUACUAUUCGGAUGUUUAUAGUUACGAUUUCUGGACAUGUGAAUCAUUAGACGUUCUCGGACAUCAAAACACCACAGUAAAUGAACAAAGACACUGAAUAAUACUGUACCGAAACCUCAUCGUCUGGACUUGUCAGUCAGUUGGGUUCGGUGAAAUAUUAAUCGUUAAACGUGAACAUUUUCAGAUCAUACAGAAAAAGAAACCCCAGAAGACUGAAAUCAAGCGUUCGGCAUUUUCCAGUUAGACCCACAGAUGUGAAGAGCAAUCGCUACGCAGACAGAUUCAUUAAGUCCCUUAAAAUAGCAGUAAUAGCGCAGAGCGAGAGGAGAAGUGAUGGAUGGUGCCAUUUAAGUGUACUUGGACAGGCGGCUAUGCAGAACAGCGUGAAAAAGGACCUUUUAAUUUAACGUUCAGAGAGAGUCACUUGAUACACCAGAGUUUAGGGUGAUCUUGACCAAGGAGAAUGAAAUAUUCCUGUAUUGUCUACCUCAGAAAAUCAAUUUCGUUCAUCCAUCCACCGGUCGAUAAGGUACAGUGACGUUGCAGAUAUUGAUCGGUUUAACUCCUUCCGUCUCAAAUUCCCACCAAAUUUUGCCUUUUAUUUAGAGCUUCUUCUUCACCCGAACGCAAUCAGACCUUCAUUUCUAUGCUGUUGUGACUCUGUUUGGUUAAUGCCUUAUACUGUAAAUGCAUGGUUUAAAAAAGAAAACAUGGCGAACGCUGUCGUUCUGCUCUCUAUGAAUGUUUAGUGGCUGUAAUUUAUUAUGGAGAAAAAAAAAUAAUGCUAUUGCUGAUGUUUUAGUCCAGCUAAGACAAUGUUCUCAGCCUGUGUGUGUAUGUGUGUGUAUGUGUGUGUGCGCGUCAUAUAUCUGACCUUACGUUUCUUUGCGAUUGUCUCCGUCUGAAAACUCUGAUUGGAUGCUGUUUGCCAUGGAAACCAUUUAGAGCAGUUCAGCCAAUCAGAGCGCAGAUUUGUCCUGACCCUUCCUCUGACCUCCGGUUUUCCUUGUUUGCUGUCAUCCAGUUUCUUUUGUGUCAUUGUUUUUUGUCUCUCAGUGUGUUUGUUUAAAGCAUGAUGCCCGACACAGUUGUGGUACAGAUAUAAAGCCUGUGUGAUUGGUUUACCUUCAUGUAUUGUGUUGUGUUGUUUUCAGUGCUACAGCUAAGACUUUUAUUUAGUUUGUAUUAUUUCUUUAUCAUUUCCUCUUUGACACACUUUCAACCCUUAAAGGGACAGUUCCACCUCCAAAAAUGAAAAUUGUCAUCAUUUACUCACCUUAAUGUCAUUAUUUUGCUGAAUGUCUUCGGCUGUUCUGUUCCAUACAGCGAGAGUUAAUUGGGAAUGAGGCAGGUUAUGAUAUAUCUAUAAAUAUAAAACUAAAUCAUAGAACUAAUCUUGAAUAUGCCAAAAGAGAAAUUGUAAGAGUACACUACUGUUCAAUAGGUUGGGGUCAGUAACAUUUUUUAAUGUUAAUGUUAAAGUCUCACCAAGGCUGCAUUUAUUUAAUUAAAAAUCUGUAAAAUGUUGAAAUAUUUUUAAAAAUUAAAACAGCUGUUUUCUAUGUGAAUAUCUGUUAAACUGUAAUUUAUUUCUGUGAUGCAGCUGUAUUUUCAGCAUCAUUACUCCAGUCUUCAGUGUCACAUGAUCUUCAGAAAUCAUUCUAAUAUGCUGAUUUGCUGCUCAACAAACAUUUCUGAUUAUUAUCAAUGUUGAAAACAGUUGUGCUGCUCAAUAUUCUUGUGGAAACUGAUACAUUUUAUUUUUCAGGAUUCACAGGUGAAUAGAAAGUUGAGAAGAACAGCAUUUAUUUGAAAUAGAAAUCUUGUGUAACAUUAUAAAUAUCUUUACUGCCACUUUUGAUCAAUAUAAUGCAUCCCUGAUGAGUAAAAGUAUUAAUUUCCUUCAAAAAAGCACUGAUCCCAAACAGUAGUGUCGAUGACCUCAAAGCUAAUAGACAUGGACUAAGCACAAAUCUCAUUCAUGCACGUUUAAAUAAGACAUAUCAAGAUGCAAAAUGUUUAAAAUGGCACGAUUGUGAGUAAACGAUAACAUCAUUUUUUUUUUUUUUGGCUGAACUGUCCCUUUAAAAGAUUACAAAAGUGAAUAAGGAUUGAUGUAAAUCUGCGUUUACACUCCAGCAUUUAUUCUUAGGCUAAAUUCUCCAUGAUAUGAACCACAGCAUCUCGUUAUGAAUUGGUGUAUGUAUUUUCAGUCAUUCUGUAGCUAUUGAAGCAAACCUCUCAGUACCUGCGGAUCCCCAGGAGCAUCAUAUAUACGUGUGUUUGCUGGAAAUGCGUUUGUGUUUCUGUCAGACGGGCUCGAGAGAGAGAGAGAGAGAGAGAGCAGAGACACAAAGACUGUUCUAGAUGUCAUUCAGUAGAAACAUGCUUUAAUAAGAGAGCAGAGAGCACAGGUCAGUGCACUCACACACUAUAGAGGAGAAAAGAUGAAGAGCAGAAGAGCUCAGAAACACGUCUGAGAUCACUGCAGGACCUUCACUUUUAAUUGGUGAUCCUGUUUGUAAUUCUGAACGAUGUACUGCAGCUGUAUGACGUCAGACGUUCACUCAAAUCACCAAAAACCCAACAGAUGCAUUCAAAACAUUCAAAAAUUAAUCUGUGCAGUGAAAUCCAUACAUCUUUAACCACGACUUAGGUGUUGAAAUAUAAAGUUUGUUUUAGGACUUUAUUUAAGGGAUUGAAAAGACAGCUUACUGGUCAUUAAACAUUCAGAUGUAAAGUAACAUUUCUGUUCAUUAUGUUCAUAAAGGAAGAGUAAAAUAAAAGAGUGAAACACCAGGGGAACCAGAGAAAAGAGGACAGAAAUGAAGACUGAAGGAUGAGGAAUGGAGGAGAGCGAAUCUCUGUUGGCUUUAAUGUCAUCAGUAGCUCCGUGUGUGUGUGUGUGUGUGUGUGUGUGUGUGCAGAUUUCAUAUGUCUGAAAUGGGUUUGUGUACAUUUUCUUCCAUGUAUGCACUAACAUAUCUGUACAGUUCCUCUCGCCAAAUGUAUAUAUACUGAAUGUAUUGUUUGGGGACGUAGAGGCUUUGAGAUUCUGAUAAAUAAAGUUUAUGGGUCUAACUUAA